CUCUAGUAUAGAUAAUAUAUAUGUAUAGGAGAGGUAUCUAGUAGACUAGAGAAACUGGGAACCAAGGGUAGAUGCAUAACUCUGAAACUGAUGGUAAGAGCAGAAAAUGCUCCGACUGAAACUGCCAAGUUUCUUGGACAUGGAGUUUGUGAUAAUGUUUCAAGGUCUGUUCAGCUGGGUAGCGGUACUGCUGAUCAGUCCCGGAUAUAUAAUCAAGUUCUCUCAAUGAUAAAACAAAUGGAAACUAAACCUCAAGAUAUCAGGGGAGUGGGAAUAUCAGUUUCUAAACUAGAUGAGAAGAAAACCAAUUCUGGAAACUCUAUUCUUAAAUUUGUCAAGAUAAAAGAUCAGUCAGGUUCGAAUCAGAAUAGUUCCACUAAUAUAUCUCCAGAAAAGAUUAAUGCAAGUUCGAGCUCAUUUAACCCCUUGAACCCGGAACCUAAACCUCAACCAGUCCCUGAACAAGAACCUAUGCAAGUACCUAAACAAGUAGCUCAACCUGAACCUGAACCAGAAAAGCAAAAGAGUGAUGAAACUGUAUUAGCAGAGCAUAAUCUAGAUCCAGAAGUGUUUGCUCAACUACCAGAGAAUAUUAGGAAUGAGAUACUCUCUGAGUAUAAUAUUGGUGGAGGUUCUAGGACCAGGAGGUUAGAGGAUUUAUCCCUCGAGGACUGUAUUCCAGGACCAAGUUCAACCUUGAAGGAGAAUAUAGAGCCGAGAGGGUCAAAAUCUGGUGCUGAACAUCUUUCAGAUCUUUCAUUUUCUCAGAUCGAUGGUGGAGUUUUAUCAGAACUUCCGAUUGAACUGAGGGAUGAAAUAACAACUCAUUUUCAGGACAGAAAGAAGCAGCAAGAGAAGCCAAGGGUAGAGACUGCUUUUGAUACUUUGAUGAGAAUCUUUCCUAAAAAAACAAGUCCUAAAAAAGGUCGGGGAAGACCCAAAAAAGGAUCAUCAACAGAUCUAAGAUCCAAAAGCUCUGCAAACAUUGGUAGAAAACAUGUGGACCGGGACCUAAAGCUUCACAUGAUCAAUGAGAAUUCUAACAGUAAUAGCAGCGAUCAGUUCACGGAAGUAAAUAUGCGUAAACCGAUACCAACUCCAACCUUCUGUGGUAAAGCCAGCAUUUCAGAGAUACGUCCACUCAUCAAGAUGUGGAUCCAGCUCCUGUUGUAGUUCAAGGUUUGUGUGAUCACUAGGUUCGUCACUCCUCGUUACUUCCUAAAUAGGGCUUUAGGUAUAGGUUUUACACUGCCCGGAAAAACGCUGGAUUCACCAGCUAAUCAACAAAUAGGUUCACAGAAUUCACUUUUUCCGUUUAUUAUCACAUCUUCGGGUUCCUCAGAAAGAACUGCUGACCUGCAAGCUUAGAAGCCUCAUUGAGCUCCUCAACAAGCUCGAGAUCACCUUCGUGGUGGAGUACAGCAAUCUUCCGAGCACUCCUCCGGGUUCUCCUGAAAUUGUUUUCACCAUCAUUCUUAUAACUUAUCACAACGGUCCUGAUGAUCCCGUCCAAGGAGUACUCCACCUCCUCCACACGUCCUAAUCUCCAGACAGGGGACCCAAAAGAAGCUUCAGACUCCAACUUCAGGAACAAGACAAUGUCUCCAACUGCAGGUUGACCUGAUGUCGUCUUCCACAAGGGGGACUGAGGGAUGUAAUCCACCAAUUUCUCGUCCUUCCAGACCUUCCACCAGCUCCUGUAGACCUUCUCCAUCUGCUCCAUCAACCGUGACGGUCCCUCCAUUUUCACAUAUCCUCCAAGGGACCUCCGAUUGUUUCGUCCAAGCAACAAUCUUGACGGGGUUAUCAGAUCCAGGUUGUCCAAGUUAGACGUCCUACUUCCUAGGCAGAGGGGGAAACAGUUUAACUCAUUUGCAAUCCAGGCAAAGCAAGUUUCAUAUGAGAUCAAGUCUAACUUCAACCCUGAGUACACUCGGUUUAACAAGGUUUUAAUCUCACGAAUACUUCUUUCCACAGCUCCAUGUGCGUUAUGACCUCCUACAGGGCAGGUUUGAUACUCAAUCCCAACCUGGUAUUUGGUAGAUAAUUCUCGGGCAACGUCCACAAUUCCAAACUCCGCUUCCUUGCAAGCCUUGAUCAACUGGCUCCCAGCAUCAAUAAACAUCUUAGCAGGGUGGCCAUACCUGGAGCUAAACCGGGUAUAAGCCUGGAGAAAUGCAGAGGUUGAGUAAUUCUGCAUCAUAAAAAUAGCUACAGCAGAGGUUGACGGAUCCUUGAAAACCACUCCAUAACAUUUAACCACGCUCCGAUGGUUAUGCUCGCACACAGCCUGGUACGGUCCGAACAGGUCCACCUGGACCAGGUAGAAGGCAGGGGCUAUAGUCAAUCUGUUUUCAUGAACAUUCCCCAUCUCCACAUCAACAACUCUUACCCUAAAUCUUCUACAAGCAACACAACCCUCUCGAACUUCUACAGCAAGAUCUCGACCUCGGAAUAUAAACGCAAUGCUCCGGGAUUCCCUUAGAGUACAGGUAGAGUUUCGGUGGCGGGCACUGA